GGGACUGGCUUGUGCAGGGCGGGAACACCAAUCAGGGAAUACCAUCAGAGAGAACAGUCAUGACAGGAAAAUAAUGGACCGUUCUUUUCAGACUCUUUGAAUAAAUAGAAAAUGGCUUCGCCCUUAAAACUAGUUGGACUCCAGCAACAAACGUCAAAAAUGGGUUCUAUUACGACGCAUAGAUGCACAGGAUUUGGAAUCCAGGAAAUUCUGGGCUUAAACAAGGAGCCGCCCGCGGUUCCGCGGCGUCCGUUGGAGUCUCUGCAGCACAGGGCGCACCUUCUGACCGCUAGGUCGGCUUUGGGCCCCGCAGCAGUCGGGGUUGGAAUGGGAAUUAUUGGUCCAGGAGGGAUUCAUUCGUUUUACAGCCAGCCUGCCUUUCUGGAGGUGUUGCAGGAGGCGCAGAGUGUUCACCUUCAGCCACUCAACAGGGCCAGGGAAACGGGACAGCUGGAUGCCCAACAUUCCGCAAGCUGUUCUGAUUCAGAUGACGUAUCCUCCAGUGAAAAGACAUUUUCUAAUUCAUCGAUGAGCCAGAACAAGAAAAGAAAGAAGAGACGACACAGAACUAUAUUUACUUCGUAUCAGCUGGAUGAGUUGGAGAAAGCUUUCAACGAGGCCCACUACCCUGAUGUCUACGCCAGAGAGAUGCUCUCCAUGAAGACUGAACUUCCAGAGGACAGGAUACAGGUUUGGUUUCAGAAUCGCCGUGCCAAGUGGAGGAAGAGGGAGAAGUGUUGGGGUCGCAGCAGUGUGAUGGCGGAGUACGGCCUGUACGGUGCCAUGGUCCGUCACUCCAUCCCUCUGCCUGAGUCCAUCCUCAAGUCAGCCAAGGACGGCGUCAUGGAUUCCUGUGCCCCAUGGCUACUGGGUAUGCACAAGAAGUCCAUGGAUACCCCUGUUCCGACCUGUUCCGGAAAACUAGAAGCUCCCCAUUCCCAACCGCCUGCCAGGGAACGAGAGCGUGAGAGAGUGGUGGAGCGAAAGGUGGAGAAAGCGGAGGAGGAGAGGAGAAGGGAGAAUACCAGGUCGCCCAUAUCCAAAGAGGAACUGCGAGAGAAUAGCAUCGCUGCACUAAGAGCUAAAGCUCUGGAACACAGCGCUAAGAUGCUGGGGACACAUCCUGGUGACGGACCACCAGGGACAGUUUCAGGGGACGGAACAGGGGGACAGCCAAUGGAGACAGAAGACAAAGAGGAGGACAGUUGAAGCCUAUGUUGGAGAGAGAGAGAGCCCAGUCACUGAUAAGGAUGCUCUUCUUCUAAAGAAGUUGAUGCCCUCUCUGUAAAGAACACUGUUUACAUACUCCUGACGUCCAUACUAUUAUAAACAUGAUGGUAUUGGUCACAAUACACAAUAUUCUUAGUAGCAAAAAAAGUUUCAUAAUGUUUCUUUGACAGCAAGACCUGAUAAUGUCAACCUCAAAAAUCAUUCAGUCAUGGAGAUCAAUUUUGUACAGAUCACAUUUUGCAUCAUGAGAAAUUCCGCCUCAGUAAACCUCUAUAACUAAUACCCUGGUCUAUAACUGUCUACUGUUUUGUAAUCUGUCAGCUAUUUGGGUGCUUGCUAUUCUGCAACUUUAGGAAGACUAACUAUUUGGUUACACAGAUCAGUCUCUACAUAACAUAAUAGGGGACAGUACAUAGGCUAAGGUAAAACUCAAGCCAGACAAGGUGACAUGUUGUGAGAAAAAAAUAUACACGGUGUCUUGUGAAAUGAUGUGGAAAAACAAGAGACUAAUCUUGGAGAGGAUUCAUGGACCUUUUUAAACACAAAAUAUUCUCUUGAAAUGUAUGGUGGAUUUCUCUAUUGUAAUCAUUUUAAAAUGAAAUAUAGCUACGUUCAUGUAGUUGGAAAUCAGUAAGCUGUGUUUUUGUUUUUGUCUCUGUAUAAUUAAAAUAGUAAUAAAACGUUAUUUACAUGGAA